CAUUGACACGAGUACUGAAACUUGAUGUGUUUUUCUGCAUACAGUUCAGGUAGUGAAGUAUCUCUCAUUGUAACAGUGCUCACUCACCUCUGUGACAGUUCAGCUGAUAACACCUGCAGGAUGUUUAUACAAGGCAACAGUCCCUUUUAUCCUCGCUUUGUUCGCAGGAGGGAAACUUGAUGCAGGUGAAGUGUGAGGAGUGGCCUCUCAGGUAAUCAUGCAAACUCUUUAUUUCAUGGCUGGCGUGAGGAUGCAGAGAGCAGAGCGGGAUAAAUGUGAGAGGAGAUGUUAGAGAGCCGAAGAGAGCUGUGAAAAAUCACUCCUCUACUUUCAAAUACUCUGGACUGUGGACUUUGUUGUACUGACCAGCUUAUUUACAUGGAAGACUGAUGUUUGAAUUAUUUCAGGAAGACAGAUUCUAACAUACUGUUAAACAAAAUGACCACCAAUCCGUAUCUGGACUCAGGUCCUUGUUACAUCAAUGAGGGUGUCAUGUGGAAACUUCCCGUACCCAGCCAAUCAGAUGUGAAGCCUCAGUAUGUUCAUCAUCUGGCUCCAAAACCCCCGCCUGAGAUCAGCCCCUCCAUUCCCAGACCCAAAGAUGUAAAACAGAGGUGUGUUAAGUUCACUGUGGCCGCUGUGAUCUCCCUGCUGCUCCUCCUGCUGCUGGCUGGAAUCCUCCUCGCUUAUUACUUUUCCUCGUCCUGUGUGCACGGGAUGCAGUGUGGUGAUGGGAGCUGUGUGUGGGAGUCCCAGUGGUGUGACGGAGUGACCGACUGUCCUGCAGGCCAGGACGAAGCCAACUGUGUGAGGCUGCUUGGUUCCACUUUCCUGCUCCAGAUCUACUCACAAAAAAACUGGAGGACUGUUUGUUCUCACGGCUGGAGCGAGCAGCAGGGGAGAGCGAGCUGCCAACAUAUUGGAUACAGCAAGGGCACAUAUUUUAAAUCAGGCCAGCAGAAGACUGACCCUGUUGAUGGAUUCUUAAUAGUAAAGUCGGAUUUCAACCCUGAGGUAUCCAUACUGCAGCAGCUUGUCCACAGCAACACCUGUCCUAACAACAGUGCAGUGACACUGAGUUGUACUGACUGUGGGAGAGGGGUGAACUCCAGCAGGGCCUCUGGGGGCCAGCUGGCCACUUUAGGGGCCUGGCCCUGGCAGGUCAGCCUGCAGGUUGCGGGCUCCCACCGCUGCGGAGGAGCCAUCAUCUCUCCCUACUGGACAGUCACUGCAGCACACUGUGUGGCCAGGGCCUCCAGUCCUGGAGACUGGGCAGUGUAUGCUGGGAUAGUGGGUCCACUGGGCACUCUGUUUACCCCUGCUUACUCUGUGAGUCGCAUCGUAGCCCAUGAAGGCUACAACAGUCUCACUCGCAGGAAUGACAUAGCCCUGAUGAGGCUCUCCAAACCUCUGGACUUCACAGCCUCCAGUAACAUCGGACCCGUGUGCCUCCCAAAUGUUGGUCUAAACAUCAGUGAACAGCAGAAGGCCUGGAUAACACAGUUUAAUCGCACAUUACUUGGAGACUCCAGCUCUCCGUACCUGAUGGAGGUUCAGGUCUCCCUCAUAGAUACUGCAGACUGCAACAGCUCCAUCUCUUACAAUGGCAGGAUAUCACAGGACAUGAUAUGUACCAGAGAGACAGAGGCAGGAGGAAACAUGUGUAGUAUUGACAGCGGCAGCCCUCUGGUGUCCCUGAAGGAUGGAUUAUGGUGGCUCAUAGGGGACAAUAUUUGGGGGGAACACUGCACUGAGCGAAACAAACCUGGUGUUUAUGGCAACGUCACCCACUUUCUGGACUGGAUCUACCACCAAAUGAGGAAACAUCAAGAUGACUGAUGACAGGACAGGAAAGAUGAACUGUCUCACAUGUUGUUUACACUUUAUUUUUUUAGUGUGCAUUUUUAUAAAAAUGUCUCAACAUCUGCAUCACUCCCGAAAUUAAUUCCUACAUGUUACUGUUCUGUCGUCUUCAUUAUUCACAUUAUGUACCGUUGUCUGAUGUAGACAAUGAUUUUGCUUAAAUUCAUGUAAAAAGCUCCAGUCGACAGUGUUUUCAUAUUUGUCAUAUUUCCUCCUGGGAACACUCUUCUCUUGUAUAUUUAUGUGAAAUAUUAAAGUUUUUAAGUCUUUAUAUAUAUGACUGGUCUUACUCAUUUGAAUGAAUAGUGAUAUUUGAAGCAGUAAAUGGAGGUACCACACAUCAA